AUGAGCUUUUAUCAACCCUCCCUUUCUCUUUACGACAUCCUUAACGCUCUUUCCAACCAAGCCGCGCUAAGACGCCAGCAGGAACAACCUCACUACAGGAGGCAGCAGGGUCGGAGAGCGCCUGGAGUUUUUGGUCAAGACUUUGAGGGAUAUGGCAGGGGCUAUGAGUAUCCAACUCGUUAUUACUCUGUACAACCUGAGGCGACGUAUUAUCAUCCAGUGUAUUACGGGAGAGAUGGGUAUGAUGAACCUUAUUCAACACAAAGUGCGAUCCCGGAUCAAUCUGAUUACCUAGCAGAAUUGUUAAGAGCGCUUGCUGGGAACACACCAGCUAAUUAUGAAGCAGAAAAUGAUGGAGAUUUAGAUAAUGAUAUCGAAGAGGGGCAAGAAUUAGCGGGAUCUGAGGAAUCAGCUCCAGCUAAUACAUUUUUAGGGGAAGCUAAGAAGGAAAAUGAAAAUAUCGAGCCUAAUGAGUUAGAGAAUCCAUUUGUUGAAGCGCUGAAAAACAAGGUUCAGGAAGCUCUCAAAGGAGAAGAGAACAACCAUGAGGAAAUUAGUAAGAACUCGAUUGAGCCUGGCAAAGAAGAGCAAGCGAAAGACACUAAAUCAGCACUAGACUUACCAAAGCCUGAAAUUCCUUCACCCAUCCCAGAUCCUUUGCAGGUUUCUAAACCUCAGCGUCGUCUGGAUUUGCCAUUUUCACCAGAGGUAAAUGUUUACGACUCGCCGGAAUUAUAUUCUGUUGUUCUGGCUUUACCUGGAGCCAGUUCGAAAUCAUUUAAGAUUGAUUAUCAUCCAUCCUCUCAUGAACUGCUAAUCAAAGGCAACGUUGAAAACAAAAUUGGUAUCGACUCGAAGUUUUUGAGGAUUUCUGAGGUGAAAUACGGUGCGUUUGAGAGGUCUGUAAAACUGCCUGUUCUUCCCCGCAUCAAAGACGAGGAGAUCAAGGCCACAUAUUGUAAUGGUUUAUUACAAGUAAAAAUCCCUAAAAUCAAAGAUGAUACUACAAAACUGCAGCCUAAGAGAAGAAUUGUAAUUGAAGAUGUACCCGAUGAAGAAUUGGUCUUCGAGGAAAAUCCCAAUCCUGUACAGCCUAUGUAG